AAACACAAGCCUCUCUACCCACAAACUCUCUCUUAUCUUGGGAAUAAAAAAAAACAUCUCCCGUGCAACACCAAUGGAGGACAUACUAGCAUUCGCCUACGCCAUGGACCUCGGCUGUGGCAUCGCGUUGCCAAUGACGCUGAGGGCCAUGAUCGAGCUGGACGUGCUCGAUAUCAUGGCGGAAGCCGGGCCGGACGCGCGGCUCUGGCCGGAAGAGAUCGCGUCGAAGAUUCAAACCAGCAACCCGGAUGCCCAUGAGGUGCUAGACAGAAUGCUUCGGUUCUUGGCGGCGCACAAAGUGGUGACUUGCGAGGUGGUGGUGGGAGAAGAUGGAAAGAGCAAGAGGCGCUAUGGAUUGGGCCCGGUUUGCAAGUACUUCACUAAGAAUAAGGGUGAUGGAUCUGUGGCUCCAAUGGUGCUCAAGAAUCAACACCCUAUCUUCGUCGAGGCAUGGGCAAAUAUCAAGCAUGCAGUGUUAGAUGGAAGUGUACCAUUUAUUAAGACACAUGGAAUGAACAUGUUUGAGCGUGCUGACAAAGAUAUUAUUUUCAAUGAGAUUUUCAACAAAGCCAUGUUCAACCAGACCGCCAUCCUCAUGAAAAAGGUGCUUGAAAACUACAAGGGAUUUGAGAAGAUCAAUGUGCUUGUGGAUGUGGGUGGUGGCCAUGGUGCCACUUUGGGUAUCAUCCUCUCUAAGUACCAGGACAUCAAAGCCAUCAACUUUGAUUUACCUCAUGUGGUUGCUCAAGCAAAACCCAUUCAAGGAGUGGAGUUUGUAGGAGGAGACAUGUUUGUAAGUGUACCGAGUGGUGGUGAUGCCAUCUUCAUGAAGUGGAUACUACAUGAUUGGAGUGAUGCACACUGUGUGAAGGUAUUGAAAAAUUGUUGGAAGGCAUUGCCAGCUAAUGGAAAGGUUAUUGUUGUAGAACUUGUUCUUCCAGAAACACUUGAAGAGGCUAAUGGCGUAAGCACUGGUUUUCUUGCCGAUGUGAUGAUGUUGGCCUAUUGUGUUGGAGGGAAAGAGAGGACUGAGAAAGAGUAUCAAAUUCUUGCUAAAGAAAGUGGGUUUUCAAAGUUCAAAGUUGCGUGUAAUCUUUAUAAUUUUGCUGUCAUGGAAUUCUACAAGUAGAUGUGUGUAAGUGACAACACAUCACAACUUUUCUGUAGUUUUUCUGAUCCAUUUUCAUUUUGCACUUGUUUUUCAAUAAAGAUAA